CCCUCGGAUCAGGUGGAAAGUCAGCUGAUCCCACCACAAGCAGGAAGUGACAGUUCAACAAGCUGCUCAGAGGAAAACAGCUAAUUCACUCGCGCUGUGGUUCUGUUGAAGAAGAGCAGGCGCUGGACGUGAGGGAGGAUGUUCGGUGGAGACGACGAAGAGGGAGACUUCUUGUCUCCGUCGGGAGGGGCUAAGUUGGCCUCCCUGUUUGGUCUAGACCUGGAGGCCAGUCAGGGGAACGAGUCAUUUCAAUAUACAGCUCCCAAACAGCCCAGGAAGAGCUCCACUCAAGGGCCAGCCUCCCAGAAAGUAGCUCCACCGUCUGGAGCUCCAGCAGUGUUGUUCGCCACAGCUGUCCAAGCCUUCAGAUAUAUUAACGGACAGUAUGUGAAGCAGGGAAAGCUGGGAGCAGCUGCACUGGGCAACCACACGACAAAAGAGUACAAACUGCUUCUGUACUUGAGCCAACAGAAACAAGUGACUGCUGCCAAGAUUCACAUGGGCUUUGUUUUCACGGUACAACCAAACAAUUAUUGCACUUUUUAUGAUGACCAGAGGCAGAACUGGUCCCUGAUGUUUGAAUCAGAGAAAGCUUCAUCAGACUUCUGCAAAGAGGUAUGCUUAGCAAAAGCGAACAGUGCAGCCACUUUAGAUGCUGUGGUGGUUCAGGAUCUGAGUCUUGGGGAGGGCCAGGGGGUGGAGAAUGGAGACUCUCUGGAGGUGGUGUACACAGGCUGGCUCCUGCAGAACCAUACCAUUGGACAGAUGUUUGACUCCAACCAGAACAAAGACAAGCUGCUCCGACUGAAAAUUGGAGCUGGAAAAGUCAUCAAAGACACCAGUGGCAGUAGAGUGAAGGAUGAGCCUUUAACUUCAUCUCCAGUGCAGAUCUCCACUGCUGCUCCAGAUUCAGCACAUGUACAUCCUCAUCCUCACACAGCUCCACCGUCUACCUUACUUCCUGUUAUGACCGCUGUUGCCCCGCAGCUUGGGAUGCCAGGCAGCAACCAUGCCUUCCAGCCUUACUCCUACAGUCAGACCUCUAUGGCUCCGUCGCAGCUGCAGCCUUUUGGUCAGGUCUACCCUGCACAGAGUGUCCCAUAUACAGGCUCCAGUGAUGUGACUUCCUUCUUGAUGACUGAGGCGCGACAACACAACACAGAAAUCCGGCUAUCUGUUGGAAAAGUGGCAGAUAAAGUAGAUCAACUGGCCUCAAAGAUAGAUGACCUUCAAAGGCAGGGGAGUGUCCCCAUGGGUGUGUCUAGUAUGUCGAUGGAAACCUCCAUGAUCAUGCACAACAUCCAAAGAAUUGUGCAGGAGAAUGAAUGUUUAAAAAAGGAAGUCUUUGACAAAAGCUCUCGCAUUGAAGAGCAAAAUCGAAAGAUUGGGGAGCUCAUUAACCAGAACCAGAGAUUCAUGGAGCAGAGUAACCUUCUGCUGGAGCAGAGAAACGACUCCCUUAAGUCGUCCAGUGAAAACAACCAGGCCAGACUACUUCAGGCUGAGCAAGACAAGGUUCGUCUGACGGAAGAUCUGGCUUCGGCCACGGCCCGGCUGUCUCAGCUGCAGCUGGAAGCUUCAUCUCACCAGCAGAAGGCUGUGGAGCUGCAGAGUAAACUGAGCUCAGUGCUGCUGGACAGUGAGAGCCAGUGUCAGCGCAUCACUGCCCUUGAAACACAACUGGAAGAGCUGAAGGAGACAGCAGAGAGUGCACAGGCCCAGUACCGCUCAGAGAGGCAAAGACGCAAAGAGACAGAGCUGAGGGUCAACAACAUGGAGGAGGAGCUGCAGGACCUCAGGACAGAUAAAGAAGGUCUAGAACGAACACUUUUGGAAAGGAAGAAGAAGUGGCAGGCCGAGCGUCAGCGCCAGGACGAGGAGAUGGAGGAGCUCCGCAAGAGCAGCCAGCAGGAGCUAGACAACCUCCGAGCUCAACUUCGCAAGGCCAGGAUCAGCACUGACAAUGCUGCAUCUGAGCAGUUGUCUCAGCUGCAGGCAGAGCUUGAGGAGGACUGGAAGGGGAAGUAUGAGCAGAUGCUGGCAUCUGUUAAAGAGCAGCACAGGAGAGAUCUGGCUGAACUUACAGAGCAGAGAGAUGCUCUGCAGGACAAGUUAACCCAGCUACAGGAAAAGUUUACACUUCUGAAGCAGUCAAGGGAUUCGGAAGAGCAGAUUUUGCUCCAGCACCACGGGCAGUCUGAAGAGCUGCAGGCCCUUCAGGAAAAAUACACAGCCUUGGAGCAGCAAGCAGGAGCUGUAAGGGCGAAGCUUGAAAAUAAAAUGGCUGAACUGGAGAAGAGACUGGCAGAGCAGGAGAGUUCAGGAGACACUGCAACAGAGGUGAAGCGUGUGAUGAACGGAGUGUUUCAUUCUCUGCGAGGGGAGUUUGACCUCAGUGAAUCUUACUCUGGCCAGGCUGUGCUGGGGGUGAUUGUCACCACCAUCAAGAAUGUAACUCUACAGCUGCUCAGUGGCACACAAGGAUCUUCUGUCCUUCCUAAGAAGGAAGAGGACACAGAGGAACAGGAGGAAGAAGCAAGUGAUGAUGUGAAACAAAGAGAGGAGAAACCUCAUCAGAAUGUACAUGUGAAUGGAGAGAGACAAGUCAAAGAGGACGAAAAGGAAGAAGAAGAAGAACAUGAGGCUGAGUUGGAUUCUCAUCAUGUCAGUGAGACUCAGGUGAAUCAGGACAUAUCAGCGCAGGAGGAGACAGAGACAUUAACUGAGUCAAAGACACAAAGCCAGUCUGAGACAUUACAGGCCACUGAUCUCCAUCCAGUUUCAUCCAGUGAAGGGUUACGCCAGGAUCCAGCAGCAGCAGCAGAGAGUGAAGAACAGCAGGAGCAGGGAGAACACCCUGUGCCUGAAAGCCCAACAGAGUCCAGAGACUCCAACAAGUCUGCACCAGCAGAUGAUGGAUCUGAUCAGAGUGCAGCUCCAGACGAUGGACAGGAAAGAGCUGCAGAGAGCAGUGAGGUGGGCAAGGAGAACAUGGACAAAAGAGAACACGUAGGAGAAAUCAAUGCUGAUCCUGAGAAAGCUUUUGGACCCCCAGCCAACCCACCUCCACCACCAGACACAGUUCAGAACAGCUCACGCCUCACUGAGGGAAUUAGUGAGGAAAAUGGAACGGAGCCAUUUUUCCAGAUCACUGCUCCUGUCAAACCCCCCGCAGCAGCCAGCGAGGAGGAAGAGGAGGAUGAGAUGAGUUUGAAGGGCCGUCCACCACCCACCCCUCUGUUUGGUGAAGAGGAGGAUGAAGACGACGAUCUGGACUGGCUCAACUGAGAUGGAACCCGAAUAAUUACAUUUUGCAUCUUCAUUUCUGACUCUACGAACCAGGCGCAGGGUGGUUGACCUGCUGUUUGUGCCUGGAGGAGCAGUGAGGACGUGGGGUGGGCGUCUGCACCUGCUGUCAUUUCUGUCACAGCAUCCUGGCGAACACAACCACGGUCUGACGCUGCAGCUAAGGUUGGAAUAAGAAGUCUUUAAAACACGAUUAAUUACGUCGUAUCUGUUGGUGAUGCAAUUUAAUACCACACCUUUAGAUGGCACUGUAGCAGAUGAGUUUGUUGAAUCAGCAGUAAUCCUCUUAUCAGACUGUAUCAUGGUUUUAAUCAUUAGCUUGCUGCUUUAAGAGUAGAACUUUUACACGGUUUUGCUAACCUGAAAUUGAUUUCCAGAAAAUAAAUAGCAUUUAUCUUUU